ACACUUUUUCAUUUCUCUCUAAUCCUCAACAAUCAACGCAUUGUCUUAGAUAAGAGACGAUAUGGGUUUCACAAGUAAAACAACUCUCUUCACCCUAGCUCUAACCCUAGCCUCAUUCCUCUUCGUCGGCAACGCGGAGUCCAACGCGGAGCACUCAGAGGGUAUCCACGUUGUAGAACACGAUCUCCGAUCUGAUCUCGUGGAUCUCUGCCAUAAAACCACCAAUCCUAAACUUUGUCUAGACACAAUUAAACCACACUUCCUCAAGAGUGCAGUUACUCCCAUUAAGGCUCUGGAAGUUGAAGUUGAUGCAACUCGUGACCAAACUGUAAAAACUAUGGAUGCCAUUGGUACAUCACUUGCCGAAAGCAGUGCUUCCAAUUCAUUGAAGGAUUCUCUUGCUAUAUGCAAGGAUCAAUACCAUAGUAUUUUGGAUGCUAUCAAAGAAACCAAAGAAGCAAUCAAGGUUCAGGAUUUUAGUACAGCGAAGUUGAAAUUCAGUUCUGUAUUGUCAUACCAAGCAUCUUGCAAGGAUGCAUUUGAAGGGAUGGAGAAGGAAUUCGCCUUUUCUAAUGACAAUGAUGCUGUGUUUCAGUUGGGAGGAAACUGUUUGGACAUCAUUUCUGAUAUGGAAAAAGCUGAGAAUCCUACGACUCCACAACCCACCAUUCCAGAACCAGCCGCAACAACGGAACCCCUGUCAGUUCCUACUACAUUUAAGAACGUAAUUGGAACCAUAAGCUAAAGUGUUGGGAUGUACAAUAUUCAACUUUUUAUAAUGGUAAAAAAAACAUAAAAUUAAUUUUAUUAUUUGUAAGUGGGUAAGUUUUUUUUUAAUUUUUUUUUUAUGUAUAGAUAAAGUGAUAAUAACCACUAAAAACCUACACAUAGUUAGUGUAAGGUUUGAGUUGGAGCCCUAGAUAUAUUAUCAAACCUAGUACCUAGUUUUUUUAUGUUGAGUUAUGAUUUGUGGAUGUAAA